AUGGCAGCUCCAGGUCGAACAAGUAUAUAUCAAUCUGAGGUGAUGUCUGUAUCAAACUUGCACAGAGAAAUUCUCACCCCUAAGGCUAAGCGAGGGAGGAUGCAAGCCCAACCAACUCUUAGUUUAUUGGAUGAAGAUAAGGCUGGAACUCAUCAACCCCACGAUGAUGCGUUGGUAGUAACGAUUCAAAUUGGGGGUUAUGAUGUGAAGAGAGUCUUAGUAGAUCAGGGUAGUGGGGCAGAGAUCAUGUACCCUAAUCUAUACAAGGGACUAGGGGUUAAGCCAGAGGAUUUGGACAGUUACAAUUCACCCUUGGUGGGAUUCGAUAGGAAGAUGGUUGUCCUUAAGGGUAUGGUUAAGUUGCCUAUUCAGAUGGGUUCUAGAGUAGUGGAAGUGAAUUUCAUUGUGGUGGAGGCAUAUUCACCUUAUACAGCCAUUUUGGCGAGACCAUGGCUUCAUGCCAUGAAGGCUGCGUCUUCAACUUUGCAUCUAAAGGUGAAGUACCCCUCUGGGGAGCAAUUUGAAGAACUUGUUGGGAGCCAGGCCAUGGCACGGUAA